CCAAGGCCAGUCAUGUGACUCUGGGCGGUUUUAAAUGGACGACCGCCCGGAGCAACCCGACAACCACCACCACCAAGGACGACGACGAACGACGCUUGCAUCUGGUGGGUUCGCACGGAACUAGAAGACACUCUCCCGUCACAACACUCUGCAGUCAUGUUCUUCACAAGGAACGUCGUCAAGGCUGCGGCCCCUAUCGCCCAGCUCAGCCGGACCUACGCCACGGCUGCCACCGCCAAAGCCGUCCCCGUCCCAAUAGCCCUCCACGGCAUCGAAGGCCGUUACGCAACCGCCCUCUACACAGCCGCAAUUAAGAAGAACUCGCUCGAAAAGGUGGAGAACGACCUCAAGACUGUCGGCCAGGUCCUCUCCACCCAACAAAAGUUCAAGACCGCCCUCGAGGACCCCCUUGUCAACAAGAAGGACAAGAAGGCUCUGGUGAACAGUGGGCUUGGGGCGGCCAAGUUCAACGAGAUUACAAAGAACUUUUUCGAUGUCCUGGCUGAGAAUGGAAGGCUCGACCAGACUACGAAAGUCUUGGCCGCGUUUCAGCAACUCAUGGCUGCUCACAGGCGUGAGGUGUCGGUGACCGUUAUCUCUGCUAAGACCCUCGACUCGAAGACCUCUUCCACCCUCGAAGGCAUCCUCUUGAGGAGCAACCUGAUCGAGAAGGGCUCCAAGGUUGUCGUCAACAACAAGGUCGACUCGAACAUCCUCGGCGGCCUCAUCAUCGAUUUCGGAGACAAAACCAUUGACCUCUCUGUUGCGUCCAAGAUCAACAAGCUUAACAGGUUGUUGACUGAGGCUAUCUAGAUACACGCAUGCGAGGGAUUGCCUUGGGACACAUGGAAAUGCAUGAGUGAUGAAUAUAUACCGUAUCAUAAGGAUGUGAUGAGGGAGUUGUUGGGAGGGGUUUGUGUUGUUGGGGGGUUUGCUCGGGUCUGAAAUCGGGGGACCUUGGUGAUGGGGAUGUCUGGUCGACAGUUUUUAUGUUCGUGUACCUGAGGUGGGGGUGCGCGGACAUAGCAGGACUGCACACGGCGGGUCGUUCAGGUCGCGUACCCGUCUUUGUCGCCAGGUCUGCCGAGCACAGGUAUCAUCGUCGAUGCUUUCGCAGCACCUUGCUGAUCGGACGGGCCAGAUCUCGCAACCACCAUGACCGUCCCUCAUUCACAUUCAAAAAAAAAAACCAUCCCCAAAAUCCAAUAUAUGUACAAAUCCCAAUUCUACC